AACCAGCAUAAAAUUGAGAUGAGAAAUUAAUUAAUGUUCCCGUUUGUCAUUUUACUGCCACCACACCGGCAGGCAGCAGUAGCAUCAUCUUAUGCUUGCAGACGAAACACACACAUCACUCACUGGAUAUCAAUCUGUGGCUAGGACGAUGUCUUCAAAGUCAGCAAUAAUUUGUUUUGCUUACGAAAAUCAUAAAGAAUUUAUUUGCAAGACAUCCGGUAAAAAGAAGCACUCUGCGGAUUGCAAAUUUUGCAAAACAACUCUUACUGAUGUUUCUGGCACGACUUCAAAUUUCUACCGACAUGUUCAGAGAAAACAUAAAGAAAGAAUAAGAGAGUACCAAAGACAGCAGCAGCAACCAACAGACCAACAGCCCAGCAUUGCAGGAUUUGCAAGACCAGAAUUGACCAAACAAGCAGUGCAACUUUAUGAUGCAAGUUCUCCAAGACAACAAGAAAUUCAUAAUGCCAUCAUUAAGGAUCUCCUCAUUGGCUGCACUUUACCUCUGUCAAUUGUUGAAAAUCAGCAUUUCAGGCAUUUCUUGAAAGUAAUGGACAACAAAUACACUCCCAUUGCAAGAAAAACAAUCACUGAAAAACACAUUCCUUUGUUGGUUGAUCAGGUGAAAGAUUCAAUUAAAAGGAAGCUCCAGACCCAAUCAUCUGUGUCCAUAACUGCUGACAUAUGGUCUGAUCGAACCAUGCGGUCCUUCUUCGGUGUUACUGCCCAUGGAUUAAACCAAGAUGGAAAUCAGCUGGAGUCCUUUCUUUUAGACUGUAGGCGGUUUUGUGGCAGACACAGUGGAGACAACAUAGCCAUGGCAUUUGACGAGAUCAUUGAUGAAUAUAACAUAGCAAGUAAAGUCAGGUACAUUAUUACUGAUAAUGCAGUCAAUAUGAAGUGUGCAUUCAAAGUCAAGCUACCACAGGAAGAGCAGCACAGUGAUGGCAGUGAUGCAGAAUAGGAAAACUUAGAUGAUGAGAGUCUUUGGGAGGAUGUGACCUGGGAAGACGAGACUAUCAUGGUGAGAACAAGACAAAGGCUGUCAUGUUUUGCACAUUCUCUGCAAUUAGUUGUACAUGAUGGAAUGAAAGAAGCCAAGGCCUUUUCUUCAGCACUUACCAAAAUGUCAAAAUUAACCUCAUUACUUCACACAAGUACUACAUUUAAAGAACGAUUUGAGGCUAAAUUUGGGACAGAUAGAUCAAUUCCUGCAGCUACAUCCACACGCUGGAACAGUACAUUCAAGCAGCUACAGGCCCUUACAGCACUUGACCAUAGGGAUCUCACACAAAUUUGCAGUUCAGACUUUCAACAUGUUCUUUUUUCAGUUCGUGAAUGGAAUCAACUGAAGAAUUUAGGUUCUGUUCUCUUUCCUUUUGCGGAAGCAACAGACCUUACAGAGGGUGAGAAAAUGGUCACUAUUAGUAUGGUGGUCCCCACUGUACUUGAUUUAAACACUCAUCUGCUCCAAAUAUCAGAGUCACAAAGUCAUUGCCGGCCUCUAGCCACAUCCCUUCGGCAAUCACUUUUAAAGAGAUUCUCUGGGAUCUUUGUGAGAACCAAAAUGGUUGAGCAAAAUGGGAAAGAGGACCAGUUCAACCAUAAUGUCUAUUUCUUGGCAACAAUGCUUGAUCCUCAGUUUGGCCUGAACUGGGUUGAUCUAGAUGUAACCAACAAUGAGAGAUCACCAGAUUCGGUGAAGAAAUUCAGAGAGGAUCUGAAAAGAACACUUAUAGAUUCUUUGACUGCAGAAGUUGAGGCCACAGCAGAUGGAGACAUGCUGCAUUCUGGAGGUGAUGUUGAUGAAACCUCAGAUUCUCCUCCUGGCAAAUGCCCACGACUUCUAGCUCGCUAUCGAGCUCACAAGCACCUGAGUCACUCAGCUAAGGAUGCAUGCAUUUCAGCUCAGAUACACAAGUACUUUGAUGCCAUUCAAAACACAGACACAAAUACAGCACUUGAAUUUUGGUCGACAAACAGGGAGAAAUUCCCACAGCUUUACUCUCUGGUUGUAAAAGUGCUGUCUAUUCCAGCAUCCUCUGCACCAGUAGAGCGUGUCUUUAGCAAAGGUGGCCUCAUCGUGAGACCACAUCGUGCACGCUUAACUCAUAAAAUGGUCACAGCGCUUGUAUUUUUGAAAAGCAAUAUGGCCCUGGUUUAGUGCUUGACUGUGCACUAUAGUACUGUACAUUUCAUGUUCAGUGUUCAUUACAACUCAUGUUACAAGACCAGAGAGCUGUGUUCAGAAAGGAGUUUGUUGUUGAUUAAGCACCGUAAUAAAGCUUUAAGUUUGUUGUUAUGACUAGCUGAUAGAUUUAAACUCUAGUCUGAGUAUUUCCUCAGCCUAUUUAAAUGUGGGGGAGAGGCAUUAAAUAAUUGAAAUGUCAGCUUUAACUGGAGGAUAAUAUAUUGUGAUACAAUAAUAAAACGGGUUCAUUUGUAUUUUCAUGCACUUGUAAUACAAUAAAAGUUCUACAUAUAACCUUCUUUUCUUUGAAACCUUUUUUGAUAGGAAACUAGUUCUGUUGACAUAAAAUAAAAAUGUUCAAUGGCAAUGACAA